AUGGGUUUGGGCAUUGCCUAUGUUGCUGCCAACGUCUCGCGGUUGCCGGUUGUUUUGAUGGAUAUCAACAAGGAACAAACUGACAAGGGCCUUGCAUUCAUGAACAAGCUCCUCGAAAAGGAUGUGGCAAAGGAAAAAAUCACUGCCGAACAUGCCAAGGGCACGCGUGAACUUGUUUCAACCACCAACGCAUUGUCCACUUUGAGUGAUGUUGACGUUGUGAUUGAGGCCGCUUCCGAAAACUUGAACAUCAAGAGCGCUAUCUUCCGUGAUCUCGAUGCUAUUUGCAAGUCGGAUGCUAUCCUUGCCACCAACACGAGCAGUAUCAGCAUCACAAAGAUUGCAGCUGCUACCAAGAAGGCCGAAAAGGUUAUUGGCAUGCAUUUCAUGAACCCUGUGCCCGUCAUGAAGCUGGUCGAAGUGAUUCCAGGCCUUGCUACCGAAGACGCCGUUCUUCAGGACACGCUUGCGCUUGCACAAUCCAUGGGCAAGACGACCACCGUUGCCCAGGAUAUCCCUGGCUUUGUUGCUAACCGUUUGUUGAUGCCAUACAUCAACGAAGCCGUCAUGCUUCUGGAGGGUGGCGUUGCCAGUGCAAAGGAUAUUGACACCACCAUGAAGCUGGGCACCAACAUGCCCAUGGGUCCCUUGACAUUGGCUGACUUCAUUGGUCUUGACACCUGUCUGGCUAUCCAAAAGGUGCUGCAUGAAAACACUGGCGACUCCAAGUACCGCCCAAGUGUUCUUUUGCAAAAGUAUGUUGACGCUGGCUGGUACGGCAAGAAGAGUGGACGUGGCUUCUACUCGUACAACAAAUAG